UCUCUAUCUCUUUUUGUGUAGUAAUGGAUACGGAUAUCAACUUUUUGCUGAAGAUGGCUUUACCGACCAUCGGAACCCUUCCCUUCAGCUUAGCCCUAGAGCAAUGGAGAUGGGAUGUAUUCAGUGGGAAAACAGAUGUGAAUGCUGGUACUGCCAGAUGGUGGCAACUCAAGAAUGACCUGAUUGGUGUCAAAGCUCCCGUGGAAAGAACAGAAGAAGAUUUCGAGGCAGGCGCCAUGUACCAUAUCAUCGUAACGUAUCCAUUCAUAGGAUACUAUAUUCGGACCAUCAUACAGUUCCAGUUUUACCAGUCUCUGUGCCAGGCUGCCAACCAUACAGGACCGCUCCAUAAAUGUGAUUUCUACCGGUCAACAGAAGCAGGCGAGAAAUUGGCAGCAAUGUUAUCUAUGGGGAGGAGCAAACCCUGGCCAGAAGCGAUGGAGGCCCUCACCGGUCAAAGAGAGAUGAAAGCCGACGCCAUCUUGAAAUACUUUCAGCCUCUAAUGGAAUGGCUUGAAAAAACGAAUGAAGGGAAUGGAGAUGUGAUCGGAUGGGAAUCGACAACAGGUUCCUCUGCGUCAUUGUGUGCCAGUAUGUGGAUGAUGUGUCUCGUCACCAUUAUUUCCAGCAUUAUAUAUUAAAGCAGUCAUCUCCAAUCAGGAGAAAAACAGGUCGCCAUACGAGAAUAAGGCACGAAAUUUCAUGAAUAGAAUGAACUGAGGCCAGAUCCAAUUUGACCGAUAGUUAUUAUAACCAUAAAUAUUACUCGUUUCCAUAUUAGUAAUAAUGAUGAUAUAAUGUGAUAUAUGGAAUGCCUAAGUGGCGACGUUAUUCUUCUAUCCUGGCUUCUGAGCAGAUUCAAUCCAAGCGUCAUAUAGCUUAGUAGUGUGACGUAUAAUAAUCCAUGUAGUCAUAAUAUAUAUUUCUAUUUAACCAGACAUCGUAUAACAGAAUGUGCCAAAAAAAAAUUAUAUAUGCUAGUACAUUCAAAUCACAUUGAUACGUCACUAAACAACUUUAAAGCAUCAUGUAACGCUACAUUGACAUUAAAGGCAGGCAUUACUUCUUCAGCAAGAAGGAAUUAGACCACCCAUCGAGCCAACGAGGUCACUGUGACAGGUGGCUCAGCUCUCAUUUAACAUAAGAAAAAGAGGAUCAUGGGGGACCAACAGGCACCGAUUGGGGAAUUUUUCUAUAUAGCGGGAGCAAGUGGCUACAAGUAGGACAGUAUGUGCCUUUAAGUGCCUUUAAUCAUAUGCUGCCCAAGACACAGCUUCAGUAUAAACAGCUUUAUGGCGUCUUUCGGAUGAUACCGAACAAAUACUACUCAAAGGUCAAUAAACUGUCAGAAUAUGAAAAUAUUUCCAUUCUGUAAUGUGUUGAAUGUAUACAAGUAUAUAAGAUUGCUCUCCAUAUGCAGUGUUGGCCCGGCUAAAACACUGCGUUUUCUCAGUUAAAAAAAAAACAUAU